AUGGUAGGAGAGGAAGAUGGGAGAAAGGAAGCAGGAAUGGUAGGAGAGCAAGAUGGGAGAAAGGAAGCAGGAAUAUUAGGAGAGCAAGAUGGGAGAAAAGAAGCAGGAAUGGUAGGAGAGGUAAGAUGGGAGAAAGGAAGCGGGAGAAUGGUAGGAGAGGAAGAUGGGAGAAAGGAAGCAGUACAGGGUAGGAAAGCAGAUGAGAAAGAAGAACAGGAAGAUGAAGAAGAAGAUGAGGAGGAGGGGAAAAGCAAGAAUGGUAGGAGGAGCAGGAUGGAGGAGAAAGAAGCAGAUGAAAGGAAGGUAGGAAAGCAAGAUGAGGAGAAGGAAGCAGGAUUGGUAGAAAAACAGGAUGAGAAGAAAGGAGCAGGCAAUGGUAGGAAGCAAGAUGAGAGAAGGGAAGCAGAAGCUAGGAAAGCAGAUGAGAGAAAGGAAGUAGGAACUGGUAGGAAAGCAGAGGGAGAAAUGAAGCAGGAUGGAAAGCAAGAUGAGUGUAAGGAGCAAGAAAAGGUAGGAAAGCAAGAGAGAAGAAAGGGAGCGGAAUGGUAUGAGAGCAAGAUGAGAGAAAGGAAGCAGACGGUGGAGAAGCAAGAUAGGAGAAAGGAAGCAGGAAUGGUAGGAAAGCAAGAUGAGAGAAAGGAAGCAGGAAUGGUAGGAAAGCAAGAUGAGAGAAAGGAAGCAGAAAUGGUAGGAAAGCAAGAUGUGAGGAUGCAGAAUGGUGGGAGAGCAAGAUGA